CCCACACCACUGAUAGCAAUGUCGAUUAUGUUCUCGCAAGAGCUGCUCAUCUCCACACUGGCCAUCAUUCUUGUUCCCCUCUACACGUUGUACCUCAGGUCUAGUAGAUCAAAGAACCCAUCAGUGCUCCCCACAAACUGGCCAAUAGUGGGCGUGUUACCUUACCUUAUCGCCAACUUCCACAACCUGCACGACUACCUCGCCGCCGUCCUCGCCGAAGCAGGCCACAACUUCAGGGCGCACGGCCCACCGGGGACCGGGAUGCGGUUCUUCCUCACCUGCGACCCGGCCAACGUCCGGCACAUCUUCACGACGAACCACACCAACUUCCCCAAGGGUGCGGAGUUCGCCGCCAUCUUUGACAUCGCCGGUGGCAGCUUCUUCACGACUGAAGGCGAGCCCUGGCGUCGGCAGCGCGCAAGAGCUUAGA